CAACAAUUACACACACAUCCAGCAUUGAACUUCAUAACCUCACCAAACAGUUACAACCCACAGUCCCCCUCCCCCAUCCCCAUCCACCCUCUCCCAAUUUUGACUUCAAUCCACCAAUCUUCCCCAACCCCUUAACCAUCUCCUCAGAAGAAACCCAAUUUCCCCCAAACCCACAAAACCCCAACUCAAAAAGCUCCGAUCUUGCCCCAUCAAUCACCCGAUCAUGUCAACAGAAACCCCCAUCACUGAUCCUGAAGGCAUCGACGGCGUCCGCAUGACCUGGAACGCCUGGCCCCGUACCAAAGUCGAAGCCAGCAAGUGUGUCAUCCCAAUCGCCGCCUCGAUCUCUCCGAUCCGCCCCCAUUCCCUCAUCCCCACCAACCCCUACGCCCCACUCCGCUGCAAAACCUGCUCUUCCGUCUUAAACCCCUUUUGCCGCGUGGAUUUCACCGCCCUCAUCUGGAUCUGCCCCUUCUGCUUCCAAAGGAACCACUUUCCGGUCCAUUAUUCGGGUAUUUCUGAAACUAAUGUCCCUGCUGAACUAUACCCGCAAUACACAACUAUUGAAUAUGCUGUUGGUAACCUUGACGCGCGCCACGCGCUUCCCCCACCUGUGUAUGUGUUUGUUCUUGAUACUUGUAUGAUUGAGGAGGAGUUAGGGUUUGCUAGAUCGGCGUUACAGCAGGCGCUUGAGUUCUUGCCGGAGAAUGCUUUGGUGGGGUUUGUGAGUUUUGGGACUCAAGUGCAGGUUCAUGAGUUGGGGUAUUCGGAUAUGUCGAAGGUUUACGUGUUUCGUGGGUCGAAGGAAAUGAGUAAAGAUCAGGUCUUGGAGCAGUUGGGGUUGGGUGGAGGGUUUGCCGCUGGCCGGAGAGUUGGCGGUGGUGUUGGCGGUGUGGCGGGUCAAGGGUUCCCGAAUCCUGGGGUUGCUAGGUUCUUGCUGCCUGCUUCUGAGGGAGCUUAUGUUAUUCAUUCUCUUUUGGAGGAGUUAGGAACGGAUCAGUGGCCGGUUGCGCCUGGGAAUCGAGCGUUGAGGUGUACGGGUGUGGCGUUGAGUGUUGCGGCGGGUUUGCUUGGGGCUUGCUUGCCUGGUACGGGUGCGCGGAUUGUUGCGUUAGUCGGUGGUCCGUGUACUGAAGGACCUGGAUCGAUUGUAUCUAAAGAUCUAUCGGACCCGGUUCGUUCACAUAAAGAUCUGGACAAGGAUGCAGCACCAUUUUUUAGGAAGGCGGUUCAGUUUUACGAGGAACUUGCAAAACAGAUGGUCAACCAGGGUCAUGUCUUGGACCUUUUUGCUUCUGCCCUUGAUCAGGUUGGGGUUGCAGAGAUGAAGGUGGUUAUUGAAAGAACCGGUGGUCUUGUUGUUCUAGCCGAAAGUUUCGGUCAUUCGGUUUUCAAGGAUUCAUUCAGACGUGUUUUCGAAAAAGGCGAAGAGUCUCUUGGCCUGGCUCAUAAUGGCACUCUCGAGAUCAACUGUUCAAAGGACAUUAAAAUUCAAGGGAUAAUCGGACCUUGUACAUCCUUGGACAAGAAAGGACCUGCGGUUGCCAGCACAACGAUUGGUCAGGGGAAUACGACAGCUUGGAAAUUGUGUGGACUGGACAAAGAUACUUGCUUGACGGUAUUCUUCGAUAUAUCAUCGAGUGACAAAGAUCCUUCUGGCAAUGUAAAUCCACAGCUGUAUAUACAAACUGUCACAAGUUACCAGACUGCUGAUGGGCAAUCUAAAUUACGAGUUACUACCGUUACUAGAAGAUGGGUCGAGAGUGCCGUUGUUUCUGAGGAAUUGAUGCAAGGUUUCGAUCAAGAGACUGCUGCGGUAGUAAUGGCUAGAUUAGCCUCUUAUAAGAUGGAGAUCGAGGACACAUUUGAUGCUACAAGAUGGUUAGAUAGGAAUCUCAUUCGUCUAUGUUCUAAAUUCGGUGACUACCGAAAAGAUGACCCAUCCUCGUUUUCUUUAAAUCCUUGUUUCUCAUUGUUCCCUCAGUUUAUGUUCAAUCUUCGGAGAUCACAAUUCGUGCAGGUGUUCAAUAACAGUCCAGAUGAAACUGCUUAUUUUCGUAUGAUGCUAAACCGAGAGAGCAUUACAAAUGCUACAGUUAUGAUUCAACCUUCGUUAAUAUCAUAUUCAUUUCAGUCACUUCCUACCCCAGCAUUGCUUGAUGUGGCAUCCAUUUCACCUGAUCGAAUUCUUUUACUAGAUUCGUAUUUUAGCAUAGUUAUUUUUCAUGGCAUGACUAUAGCUCAAUGGCGGAACUUGGGUUACCAGAAUCAGCCCGAACAUCAAGCAUUUGCACAGUUAUUGCAAGCUCCACAUGAUGAUGCUGAAGUGAUAAUACGUGAACGGUUUCCUGUCCCAAGAUUAGUGGUGUGCGAUCAACAUGGUUCUCAGGCUAGAUUCUUAUUGGCCAAGUUGAACCCAUCAGCAACAUACAACAAUGAGGUAGCUGCGGGAAUGGAUGUUAUUUUCACCGAUGACGUCAAUCUUCAAGUGUUCUUUGAGCAUUUACAGAAGCUGGCGGUACAAUCCUCUUGACCCAAAAGUCAAAAUUAAGCACUUUACAAAGUUAUGGGUGAUCAAUUCUGCAACAUGAAUCGAAACAAAUCGUUCUAUUAAGGGCUUUUGGCAAUAUGAAUUGUGCCAGGACCGUUGCGUGAGUGAUUUAAUUUGAGGCUGCAAAUUAGUGAGACGAAUAUGUGAUCACUUAAAAGACAUUUUACAUUUCGACAGUUUUGUAAGUUAUUGAUGAGACUAUAGUAUGUUGAUUGUGUAUUUAACUUUGAGGUUAUAAUAUAUUGGAGUGGAUUAUGCCCCUGA